UCUGUGUCUCAGGAAACGUGCACUUCCGUCUUUUGUCGCCCCAAGCCCCACAUUUUCCAUUUCCAUGGCAGCCUUCAGUUGUUCAGCAACCUGUGCGUGAAAAGGUGUUGCCACAUAAGAGGACGGCAGCGUUCAGGAAAAUGUGAAACUUAUUCUAUUUAUAGACGCCUUAUCGUCAGACAAACAGAGCGCGGCAGCUGUCCUGCCCAACCAGCUGUGUGAGAGGAGGAAGCUUGCUUUCAUUUUCUUCUGAAGAAGUCAGUCGAGGAAGUGAUUUGCUGCGCAAGUGCCAGGCCACUUCAGUUAAAGUUUGGGCAGCGAGGAGCCUCGCUGUUUGGAGGUGGGCUGAUGGAGUUUUCUGAUCACAUCAAGACGGCCAACGUGGAGGAUGUAGUGCUCCGGCAACCGCUCCACCCGCCGAGCAGAGGCACCUUGUGCAUCACCGGCCACCACCUGCUCUUCUCGGAGAGGGAGGAGGGCACCUCCCGACAGGUUUUACUGCUCCUCAAAAACAUCGAUGCCAUCGAGAAGAGUGUGGAAAACCUUUCGGCCAGCUUCUUCUCUAGUGCAGGCCCCGGUAAAAGGAUGUCUGGAUCAUCAGGGACCAUUACCAUCAAGUGCAAAGAUCUGCGUGUUAUCCAGCUUGACAUCCCAGGCAUGGAGCAGUGUCUCAAUAUUUCACACUCCAUCGAGACCCUGUCCUGUCUGGACCACGUGCCGAAGAUGUAUCCCUUCUUUUACAGACCUGCUGACCUCAGCCUGCAGAGCCACUGGGGCCUGUCAUCACCUGAAAUGCACUACAGCCAAAUGAAGCAGCUCCAUAACAGGUGGAGGCUGAGCAGCGUGAACAGAGACUACUCAGUGUGUCCCUCCUACCCCCCGGCAGUCAUCGUCCCAAGCAGCAUCGACGAUGACACGCUGAGGAAGGUGGCCAAAUUCAGACAGGGAGGACGCUUCCCUGUCCUCUGCUACUACCACAGGAAGAACGGCAUGGUGAUCAUGCGCAGCAGUCAGCCGCUGACGGGGGCCAACAGGAAGCGCUGCAAAGAAGACGAGCUGCUCCUCCAGGCUGUGAUCGAGGGCUCGGACAAAGGUUACAUUAUUGACACCCGCUCCAGUCAGCAGGCCCAGCAGGCCCGGAUGACGGGCGGAGGGUUCGAGUCCAAAUCGUGCUACGACCGCUGGAAGAGGCUGCACAGACAAAUGGAGAGGGGUAAAGCACUGCAGGAGAGUCUGAUUAAACUGGUGGAGGCCUGCGGCGACGAGUCCCACAACAUGGACCGCUGGCUCAGUAAGCUGGAGAAUUCAAAGUGGCUGUCACACGUGCAGACUGCUCUGUCAACUGCCGGCCUGCUGGCGGAGUGCGUGGAGAGGGACGGUCAUUCGGUCCUGGUUCACGGUUUUGAAGGGACGGACUCCUCUUUGCUCAUCAGCACUCUGGCCCAGCUCAUCAUGGACCCGCGCUGCCGCACACUCGAGGGCUUCCUGGCUCUGCUGGAGAGGGAGUGGGUGCAGGCAGGACACCCGUUCCAGCAGCGGUGCGCCCACAUGGCCUAUUCCCAUGCUCGUCUCCAGCAGGAGUCUCCGGUCUUCCUGCUGCUGUUGGACUGUGUGUGGCAGCUGUGGCGUCAGUUCCCCCUGGCGCUGGGCUUCUCUGAGGCGCUGCUCCUGAGGCUGGCGACUGAAGUCUACGCCUCUGACUAUGGCACCUUUCUGUGUAACAAUGAUCAGGACAGGUGUGUCCUGGGAGUGAAGGACAAGACUCACUGUUUGUUCCAGGUGUUGCUGAGACCCGGGGAUAGGGAUAUCUAUUCUAACCCCCUGUAUGAGCCCACUGAACUAGCAAUCUGGCCCUCAGUCCACCCUCAGUCCCUGCAGCUCUGGAGAGGCUAUUUUCUGAGGUGGACCGAGGAGGCUCGUCUCCUUGAAGAGGCCCAGGAGGAGAUAAGGAACAUGGUUAUUGAGUGGGGGAGAGUGGCGCUCAGUUGAUAUGCUGCCACUGUGUGGAUGGAUGUUUGUAUUUCAAAGAGUGCUUAACAAUCUACUAUUUUUUAAUGUACAGUAUUUUUUACUCUUUCAUAAAAAAACAAUAUAUUACAAAAAAAAGCUAUUGUUGUGGUUAUUUGUAGGGCGAAUCAGACAUUCAGGAAGUUAGAUAAGAAUCAUUAACAUACAGUUGUGGCUGGUGGUGAAACUGAAAUUUGGUGGGUGGGCUAACAAAUGCAUAA